UUUGUAUGUCAAUCAUGUUUGUUUGUCAUUAAAGGAAUUCACAUUCAUUAAUGAGGCAGACGCAGUGAAUAGGCAGAUGAGGCUUACAUCAUAAUUUUGAAUACAGACAACCUCCCACCACCACUUUUUCAACAAAGCAUUAUAGUUCAGUUAGUUGCCGAUCGAACCAAAGAGAACUCACACUUCUUCUCUUCAAAGCUUUUUCUUGAUUUCAUCACCCUCUUUCUUUCUUUCUUUAUUUCUUUCUUAAUCUUGUAUGUGUUAAGGUGUGAGUGACGAGAAAAGAAUGAAACAACUCAAUAGCAAUUUGCAGAGGAAGGUAUUUUCAUCAGUGUUGGUGAAAUUUGCGGUGUGCUUUCUGUUGCUGGGUGUUGCUUAUCGGCUGUUGUCUUCAAGCUUUGUACAAUUUUCACCUGUUGUGGUUAGUGAGGAUAACCCUCCAGCAUUGAGCGUCGACAACACUCUGCCGCCGCAAAUCAUCGAUGAUCGUUCCGUGAAUCUUCAUAAUCACACUUCUCAAAAUGAAAGCUGUAAUCUAUUCGAGGGAGAGUGGGUUCGAGAUUUAAAUGGUCCAAUGUACACCAACUCCACAUGCUAUACAAUUGAAGCUCCUCAAAACUGUAUGAAGAACGGAAGGCCAGAUUCGGACUACGUUUACUGGAGGUGGAACCCCAGUCACUGUACUUUGCCUAAGCUUCAUCCAAGCAAAUUCCUUGAGAUAAUGAGGGAUAAGUCGCUAGCCUUCAUUGGCGAUUCCAUUAUGCGUAAUCACGUCCAGUCCUUGCUCUGCCUUCUCUCCCAGGUUGAACAAGCUGUUGAAGUGUAUCAUGAUGAGCCAUACAAAAACCGAAGGUGGUCUUUUCCAUCUCAUCACUUCACCGUCUCAGUGAUUUGGGCUCCCUUCCUCACGAAAGCCUUUACUUUUGAGGAUGACAAUGGAGUUUCGUCGGGUUUAAUCCAGCUUCAUCUGGACAAGCUAGACAAAGUAUGGACACAGCAGUAUGAAAAUUUUGAUUAUGUAGUGAUUGCUGGAGGGAAAUGGUUUCUCAAAUCAGCAGUUUACUAUGAGAACAACGCUAUUGUGGGCUGCCAUAAUUGCCAUGAUAAGAACAUAAGUGAGCUGGGGUUUAAGUACGCCUAUCGCAAAGCACUAAACUCCACUCUGAAAUUCAUAUCUGAAUCGAAGCACAGGCCAUAUAUUUUCUUCAGAACUACCACACCUGAUCACUUCGAGAAUGGAGAAUGGAACACGGGUGGUUAUUGUAACAGGACUAGACCGUUUAAAGCAGGUGAGAUAGGUAUUAAUGUUGUAGAUGAGAUCAUGCGAAAUGUUGAACUUGAAGAAUUCGAGUGGGCAGCAGGGAGAGGAUCUGUAAAUGGGAUGAGCUUGAAAUUAUUCGACACGACUAUGUUAUCACUGUUGAGGCCCGAUGGGCAUCCAGGAGUUUACAGGCAGUUCCAUCCAUACGAUGGAAAAGAUAAGGAAGCAAAGAUUCAGAAUGACUGUUUACAUUGGUGCUUGCCAGGCCCUAUAGAUUCUUGGAAUGACCUGAUGAUGGAAAUGCUUCUCAGACAUGCUAGAUAGUGUUUCCAACUUCCAACAGCAUGCUUUAUAUAGUUUGAUUAUUGCUUUUUUUUUUUUCUUAAUUUUGUUUCACCGUCUCAUUUCAAUUUUUUUUCAAAAUCUAGGUAGCAGAAUAACUAUCUCAUCUGAAAAUGCCACCUUCAGAAAUGGGCAUCUUUGUACAGAAUUUUCUCAUAAAGAUGAAGCUGUUUAAGAAAGCUCGAAAAAUUAAAUUCUCAUAACAGAGUCUUAUAAUUUCCUGUUGCUUCAAAUGAAUUUCAAGUUCAACAUCCGGUUCUUCAUAUUAAAUUCCUGUCAACAUAACUAUGCUCUUCUCAAGUAAUUUCUCUAAUCAUUCACAUUUCAGACAAAUGAUGCAUUGUGAAGGAUAAAGUAUUGUGAAGGGAGGAAAUUCAGCCACAAAAACACAAUCAAGCACUUAGGCGUUCCUUGAAAACUGUACUUUAUUCACCUAAACAUUCUGCUGCAGACACAUCCAACACACAACACUUCA